AUGAAGGCAAAGAGGAAGACACAAAUGAUUGAAGAGAAGAAAGAAGAAAAACAAGAUGAAGAGCAUGACGAGGAGGGGAAGAUCAUGACCUUCAACAUUGAGAAGGAGGUGUUUGGUGCAGAUCGAGGUACCUUCGUCUUGCAUGAAGAUAUUACACAGUUUGCAGGCAUGGAAGAAAUUGGGGCUACUGUGGUUGCAGUAUAUAUGAGGUGCUUAUAUGAUCUUUUGAGAGAAGCAAAUAUGUGCAGCAUGGUUGGCUUUAUCGACCCUGCUCAAGUUAGUGCCAACGCUGGGUCACUAACUGACAGAUCACGAAUUGUAGCCAGUCGACUUCAGAAAACAGAUGUGGUUAUCUUCUCUUCAGCUUUUGCAUACUCAUUAAGAGCAUCAAGGAAUAUCUCAAAUUUUUCUCUCCAUGCAGCGUAG